GAGUAAAGAGAGUCCAAAGCCAGAGCAUCCUCACAAGCCUGCACAAACAAACGAGAAAAAUCCACCUCGAACUUGCCCCUCUUUCUCUCGCUCUCGCUCUCCCUGCCUUGACUCGCUCCUCCACGACCAAUUGAAUCCAUCCCGAUCUACUCCUCCCUCUCAAAAUUCUAUCCAACGAGUUGCAGACUUGAAGCAGGAAGGAAGAGGUCGAUCCCUGUUUGUGUAUAGGAGGAUGAGGAUUAGCGAGGAGGAAGAGAGCAGUUGGUUCGCGCGUUGGGAAGAGCAGCUGCCGUCGCCGGAGGAGCUCAUGCCGCUGUCCCAGACCCUUAUCACCCCCGACCUCGCCCUCGCCUUCGACAUCCCCCUUUCGGCCCCAAAUCAGCUGCCCCCUCCGCCUCCCCCCUUCGAUAUCGACUCCUCCGACCUCAACUCCACCUCCCCCGCCCUUGCCGGCUCCGCCGCCGACGAGCCCGCCCGCACCCUCAAGCGACCCCGCCUCGUCUGGACGCCGCAGCUCCACAAGCGCUUCGUCGACGCCGUCGCGCACCUCGGCAUCAAGAACGCCGUCCCCAAGACCAUAAUGCAGCUGAUGAGCGUCGACGGCCUCACCCGCGAGAACGUUGCCAGCCACCUCCAGAAGUACCGCCUCUACCUCAAGCGCAUGCAGGGCCUUGGGGGUUCCGGCGCCGCGGGGCCGAUCUCCGCUGUUGACGCCGCCACGGAUCAGCUCUUCGCCAGCGCCCCCGUGCCCCAGCAUUUCCUGAGUCGCGAGCCAAUCGCGUCCCCUGAUCCCUUUUUUCCCUUCGCCGCCCUGCAGCACCAGCAGCAGAUCACAUCCGCCGUGCAGCAGCAGCUCUACCACCAGAGGCAUCUGGGACAUUUCGGACAGCUGCCUAACGGAGGAGGGGUCGAUCAAAGCUUCCUGAACCGUGUCAUGCCCCAAUCCCGCAUGCAUCAGCCGGUCGGGCCGUCACCUGGAAUAGGAUUGAUGCAUUUGGCUUCACCACCGGCAGUGUCAUUUGCGGAUGAUUCGGAGUCUGCCGGAAGGGGAAGCCAUGGCGAGAGGAAGGUGCUGACGCUUUUCCCUACUGGUGAGGACUGAUCUCUCCUAGCUAAUUUUCAAUUAUAACGGCCUUAACUGAAGAACUAUGUUUAUGCUUCCUUUGCAUGGUUCUUCUUUCCUUUGCCCAAUUAGAUGAGUUCCAUCUACAUUUGUUAUUCUGGAAGCAGAGGAAUAUAAGGGGAUAACAAUGUGCUUAUUAUCACAUUUGAAUCGGCGACAGUUAACUUCACUGUCUAAUUAGUAUCACUCUAGUAGCCGAUGAUGUUUGAUUGUAAAUUGUACAUGCGACCCUCUGCUUUGGAUGCCUUUUCUUUAUAACAAGUAUUAAGAUCGUUGGAUGGAGGGAAAUGAAUGACUUAAGAGGCACAUAAUUCAUGUACACUCAUAGUACUUUCGCUCU